AUGAGCCUGGCAUUGAACUCCAGCCUGGAGGAGCGCGAUGGGGACAGGGUCCAACCGGACCCCAGCCCGCCCGGCAACGACAGCAGUGCGCUGCGGGACGCUGCGGGAAGCGACCUGGAUGUGAACACGGAUGUUUAUUCCAAAGUGGUGGUCACGCUGAUCUACAUCGGUCUCUUCGUGCUGGGCUCGCUCGGUAACUUCAUCACCAUGUACACCCUGGUGAAGAAGAAGACGCUGCAGCACCUGCAGGGCACCGUGAACUACCACCUGGCCAACCUCGCCCUGUCCGACCUCCUCAUCCUCCUACUCUGCAUGCCCAUCGAGCUCUACAACUUCAUCUGGGUGCACCACCCCUGGGCUUUCGGCGACGCCGUGUGCCGGGGUUAUUACUUUCUCCGGGACGCUUGCACCUAUGCCACGGCGUUCAACAUCGGCAGCCUCAGCGUGGAGCGCUACAUGGCCAUCUGUCACCCGUUCAAAGCCAAGACCCUGAUGUCCAGCAGCCGCACCAAGAAGCUCAUCUCCCUCAUCUGGCUGCUUUCCUUCCUGCUCGCCACUCCGAUGAUCCUCACCAUGGGGGAGAAGUAUGCCAACCCAAUCCCUGAUCCGGAUGACUUGAUCUGCACCACUAUCGUGGACGAUUUGACCGUCAAAACCGUCAUCCAGGUAAAUGCAUUCCUGUCCUUUGUCAUACCCAUGAUAAUGAUCUCAGUCUUGAACACAAUCAUCGCCAAUCAGCUAAUAGCAACCUUCAAGCAUGCAGCUCAAGACAGUCAGAUGUGCACGAUCGAGGGACAGCAAAACACACUGAGCAUUUCGGUGGAGCCAAGCCGGAUCCAAUCCCUUCGACAUGGAGUCAAAGUUCUCAGGGCUGUGGUCAUUGCAUUUGUGGUGUGCUGGCUUCCAUAUCAUGUGCGCCGUCUCAUGUUCUGUUAUGUGCCCAAACACCACUGGACAGAAUUUCUCUACGAUUUCUAUCAUUACUUCUACAUGGUGACAAAUAUCCUCUUCUAUGUCAGCUCCACUAUCAACCCUAUCCUGUACAACUUGGUCUCUGCAAACUUCAGACAAAACUUCUUCUCCACGCUCAGCUCCUACUGUCUUCUCAGGCGACCAAAAGCCAAGACUCGUGCCAUUAGCAGAAAGUCAAAUAGUAUUUCCAGCAAUCAUACUUACUCCAAUAUUGUCACGAAAGAAACAAUGUACUAA